GCAACACAAGACCACACAGCUGCACCUGAAGGCACCACAGCUGCACCUGAAGGCACCACAGCUACACCUGAAGGCACCACAGCUGAAGGCACCACAGCUGCACCUGAAGGCACCACACCUGCACCUGAAGGCACCACAGCUGAAGGCACCACAGCUACACCUGAAGGCACCACAGCUGCACCUGAAGGCACCACAGCUACACCUGAAGGCACCACAGCUACACCUGAAGGCAGCACAGCUACACCUGAAGGCAGCACAGCUACACCUGAAGGCACCACAGCUACACCUGAAGGCACCACAGCUGCACCUGAAGGCAGCACAGCUACACCUGAAGGCACCACAGCUGCACCUGAAGGCACCACAGCUGCACCUGAAGGCACCACAGCUGCACCUGAAGGCACCACAGCUGCACCUGAAGGCAGCACAGCUGCACCUGAAGGCAGCACAGCUGCACCUGAAGGCACCACAGGGUGAAUUCCCAGCAGCUGACUCAGAUCUCUGUUUCUCCUCUCUGCUCAGCUCCACCUCAGGUGGCUGACAGCUUCAUUAACCUCAGGAAGUUGCUCAACCUGCGGUGUCACCU